GUUUUCGUGUGACGUCAGCUCCUCCGUAUCCAUGCCGUGUUUUAGUGUGUGCCUCAGCUGCCGGCUGUAGCUUCCCAGGGGAGCCGGGUACCACCCGGGCCUGGAGACAUGAGGAGGCAGAGAUGUGAGAGGCGGGGAACAGGACAGCCAACCUUCUAUUAGAUGUCUGCUCCUCCAGCAGUAGCCCACCCUGCCUAUUGUCGAUCUGGAGACCCACCCUGCCCAUUGUCGGUCCGGAGGCCAGGGGACGCAGCAUCGGCUCCUUAAAGGGACGGAAGAUGCCUCCUUGCACGCCCACCUUCGGUAGAGCAUAAAGAAUCCUGUGCUGAGGAGGCAGCAGAGAAAGCCGAAUCCAUCUACCGCCGUGGAGCCAGAAGAUGGAGGAAGCUGUACCGAGCCAACGGCCACCUCUUCCAAGCCAAUCGCUUUAACAGGGGAGCGAACUGUGGCCAGUGCAGCGAAAGGAUAUGGAGUCUCUCGAGGCAGGGCUACAAGUGCAUCAACUGCAAGCUGCUGGUCCAUAAACGCUGCCACGAACUUGUCCCACUGACCUGCAGGAGGCAUAUGGAUUCUGUCAUGCCUUCCCAAGAGCCUCCAGUAGAUGACAAGAAUGAUGGUGUAGACCUUCCUUCAGAAGAAACUGAUGGAAUUGCUUAUAUCUCUUCAUCUCGGAAACAUGACAAUAUCAAAGAUGAUUCUGAGGACCUUAAGCCUGUCAUCGAUGGGGUGGAUGGGAUCAAAAUCUCUCAGGGGCUGGGGCUGCAAGACUUCGACCUCAUCAGAGUCAUCGGGCGCGGAAGCUACGCCAAGGUCCUCCUGGUGCGGUUGAAGAAAAACGACCAGAUUUACGCCAUGAAGGUGGUAAAGAAGGAGCUUGUCCAUGAUGAUGAGGAUAUCGACUGGGUGCAGACAGAGAAGCACGUGUUCGAGCAGGCGUCCAGCAACCCCUUCCUGGUUGGCUUACACUCCUGCUUCCAGACAACGAGCCGGUUGUUCCUGGUCAUUGAGUAUGUCAACGGUGGGGAUCUCAUGUUCCACAUGCAAAGGCAGAGGAAGCUUCCAGAGGAACAUGCCAGGUUCUAUGCCGCGGAGAUCUGUAUCGCUCUCAACUUCCUACACGAGAGAGGCAUCAUCUACCGGGACCUAAAACUGGACAACGUCCUCCUCGAUGCUGACGGACACAUUAAGCUGACAGACUACGGCAUGUGCAAGGAAGGCCUAGGCCCUGGUGAUACAACAAGCACUUUUUGUGGAACCCCGAACUAUAUCGCCCCCGAAAUCCUUCGAGGAGAAGAGUACGGUUUCAGCGUGGACUGGUGGGCGCUGGGUGUCCUUAUGUUUGAGAUGAUGGCUGGGCGUUCCCCCUUUGACAUCAUCACGGACAACCCUGACAUGAACACUGAAGACUACCUUUUCCAAGUUAUCCUGGAAAAGCCAAUCCGGAUUCCCCGUUUCCUGUCUGUCAAGGCCUCGCAUGUCCUGAAAGGAUUUUUAAACAAGGAUCCCAAAGAGAGGCUUGGCUGCCGGCCGCAAACUGGGUUUUCUGACAUCAAGUCCCACGCCUUCUUCCGAAGCAUAGACUGGGACCUGCUGGAAAAGAAGCAGACCCUGCCUCCCUUCCAGCCCCAGAUCACAGAUGACUAUGGCCUGGACAACUUUGACACACAGUUCACCAGUGAGCCAGUGCAGCUGACCCCAGAUGAUGAGGACGUCAUAAAGAGGAUCGACCAGUCUGAGUUUGAAGGCUUUGAGUACAUCAACCCACUUCUGCUGUCUGCUGAGGAGUCCGUGUGAGGCCAUGAGCAUCUGUUGUGGACACGCCUGUGAAUGACCCUGUCACUUUACCCUUAACUACAGCAUAUGCAUGCCAGGCCAGGCACCGAGGCUCCGAGCAGCCAGGGAGGGAUGCUGGCCACCAAGACCGCAGAGGGGUGUCCAACAGAGCAAUCUCUUGUGUCCAGGCCCCCAGAGGCUGGCUUUGUGCUGGAGGAACCGCUUCCUGUGCUCAUGGAGGCCCUACCAGAGAGUGAGACAGCCACACCAUUUUUUGAAAGGUGCACAUCUUCCACAGAAACAGAACUCGAUGCACUGACCCGCUCCAGGAAAAGUAGCGUGUAAUGCCCUGAGGAAUAAAGUGUACCGAUGAUGCCGAAGCUUCCUCUGAUGCCUUUUUUCUGUGGCACCCGCCUGAUGUCCCCAACGCAGCCCCCAAACGAGGAGGAGCUGCGCUUUCCGAGCAGGCAGGACGUAGGCAGGGGACAGGCACCCAAGUGCCUGCAGGGAUGUGAUGCAACAAGAAUUGUUACAGAUUCGGAACAUUUUCUAAAUCCCGGUAAGUUUUGUUGUUAAUAUUUAACAAGUAUUUUCAUACCUAGCGCAGCUAGCCAUGGUAGGCCGAGGCUGAAGGGACACCCUGGCCAGGUUGGUGGCACUGUUCCCACCAGCUGUUUGGACUCUGAUGGGGGAAAUUGGAUCAUAGAGAUUCUAAAACAUUGCUCACCAAAGCACCAGUAAACCAAAUAAAUAGGUAAAUAAAUAAAAAAGGGAAAAUAAUUGAAGACUAAAUCCGCACAAAAUAUAUUUCUGAAAACACUAGCCAGUGCCUCCAAGACGUCUUGUGUUAUACAUUAGAUUUUUUGGAAAAUAUUUUUAUCAUUAAUACUCUGAUUAGGAAACUUAAAGACAACUUGUGUGAUGGACCCUAGCCUUAAAGUGACAGACUACCCAUAAUCCCACACUCUUCCUGAGGAAGCAUGCCUGCUUCUUUAACUGCUGUGCUCAGCCAUCCUCCUCCUCUUUAGGUUACUUCCGGAGGCCAGCCCAAGGCUUUCUGGGAAGAGGCCAACUAACCCCUUAGCAGGUCAGGUGUGGUGGGAGGCAUGGCUUACCCACCUCUGUCGUAGGCAGGAGAUGGAGAAGGUGCCCCGCAGUGACCGAGCACCCCAGGUCCACUCAAGCCAGGCUGGCCCAUAUGGCAAACAUGCUACACACCCCCAACCCUGCCAGAUGGAGACCCUGAGUCUCCACAUCAGGCAGAGUGGAGUCUGGGCUCCUGUCAUAUUUGCUUCAUGCCUUGGGGCUGGUGGCCCUGACAAAGAUCAGAGUUAGAGAAAAUGAAAUUUUUUAGAGGCGCUGUUACAAUGCUGCCCUGCUUCUCCAUGACGCCCAGUGGCCGCUCACAGCCCUCACCCCAAUACACUCAGGUUUCUCAGGCCAUUGCCAUGUCUGGCACUGAACACGUCAGAGCCACACCCAGAUCCACGGUGCUGGGACAGAACAGGCAGCCCAGGUUUCUGACACCAUAUCCCAAGUCCAGGCUUCUGGGUGGCUCUGUGACUCCUAUUGAACAUGGACACAUUUCAGCCAGCACUCCCUGUGUCCAUUGGUAAGACAUGUUCCCAACAACUAGUCAAAAAAUGCAAAUAGAGCCUAAGAGCCAAUAUUUGGGCCUCCCAGGAGUACCAAGCCCAGCCUGGGGGCUCUCCAGGGGUACCCAGCCCAGCCUGGGGGCUCUCCAGGGGUACCCAGCCCAGCCUGGGAGACCUCCCAGGGGUAUCCAGCCCAGCCUGGGGGCUCUUCAGGGGUAUCCAGCCUAGCGGGGGGCAGGGAGGGGGCUCCCAAGUGGCUGGAGGCCCAGUCUGAGGCCUGUGCAGUCAGAGCUGCCUAUGAGUUGAGCUGCUAAGAGCCCACAGAUGGUCCAAAUGCAAAUGGGCUCCUGCAAGUCCUUUCCUCCCAGUGUGCUGCCCAGGGACAGCAACAACUCCUUUGCCUAACCAGCACAGGGUCCCUUGGUUUGUUAGACAUGGGGGUGUUUAUUUGGAUACUGCCCUAUUGCCAAAUGACUUGCUGGUUACUGGUUCGGCUGCUCAUGUACAAAUGUGUGAAUAAUAUUGUGCCCACCAGAGGGGGAGAUUUUUAUAUAUAGCAAUUUGUUUUAUAAAUUAAAGAAAGUGAAGGAUGUUAUUGAAAUGUGACUUGGGGGCGGGGGGAGGUUGGGGGAAAUAUCCUAACGUUUGCAAACGGCUCCGGGUAAGAGAGCGUGCGUCUUUCGAAAAUGGUUCACAGGCACUGGUGACUUCAUGAUUGUAACACAGUAACCAUGUGGUUUUGUACAAUUGAUCAGUGGAGCCAGCGUUCCUUCUGUGGGCGAUGUCCUCGCCCUCCACAGCCAAGGUCGUUCUUACUCUUGCACAUCUAUUAAAGACUUUGAUGAAAAUG